AAUCAGAAAGCUGCUGGGCGGUGCUCCCGGCUGUACACAGCCACCACGUGCAGCUGGGGUGGGGAUUGGCAGCCGCCGAGCAUCCGAGGAGGCAGAGUCAGCAGCUGUAGCGGCGUCAGGAACCUUGGCUCGAGGUUCUUCGAACAAGGAGUGGGUGGCCGCCGGGAGGAUCUCGGCGAUCCUUUCAUUUGCCCCAUCGCCCAUUCUUUCUGCCUCUGCUCUUUUUCUCGCGCGGGGGCGGGGGAAUCUUAACAAAAAUAAAAACAUAGCUCCCGUCGUUGCAAAGUUAGAUGCACCGAUAGAAGUUAGCCCCUGGCGAUCGAGCCAGGUUGCCGGCCAGCCGGCUACCUUACUGGAAGGGGUCCAUCCUCUCGCCGUCUCCCCCGCUGCAGAUGGAGGCGACCGAAUACUUGGUCGCUCCUGCCGCCGCCGUUGAGACUGCAGCAACGGCGGGUCUCUUUUUUUCCUGGUGACGGAAGCAACAGAAACGGACUGAAUCGGGGCUGGGGGUGGGGGUGGAGUGAUCAUUGAGAUUCAGAGGAAAUCGGCCGCGCUGGUUGGAUCAAAUAGCAUCGCCGACCGGAGCAAAACACACUCGGGCUGCACAAGGUUGGUUGGCUGCCCUGGAUCAUCUUGCGGAGAUCUCUCGUUGCUCUCGCUCUUCCAAAAAACCCGGCACUUGCUGCGGGAUCCGAAGAAACGGCUUCUAGGGCGUCUCUACGGCUGAAGUUGCGUGCAGGCGUGUUUUUGAUCUUCGGUUGCCACCAUCCAACGCGACGAAACGGACUGCAGGGCGUUGUGGGGGGGAAAGCAAGAAAACCGGGUUUGUCCAGGGAUGGCUUUCAAAGCCACCAUAGCAAAACCCUGUCCUCUGGAGUCCUGAGGCAUCCCUCACCACUCGCUUGCUCUGUCUCACUGCCUGCGGUGGUCCUUCUUCGUUUUCCAUUCCCCGCAGGCUUAUGUGGAUGCCUUCUUACCACAGAGCCUCUUGGCCUCUGCUCCAGCACAUUCUCUCCAGGGGAGUUGGAUAGAUUGGAUUUGGAAACACCAAAGGAGGAACUUCUUCAGGCUGGCCAUUAAUGUGGUGGCUCUGUUCAGCCUGCCAAGCUGAGGCGGUAACUCAAAAGAGCAGCAACAGCACAAAGGUUAUUUCAGAUAAACAAGAUAAACACUCUGGAUUUACGGAGAUGAAGUUUCAUCCGGUAGCCUUUAUAGCGGCCAAUCUUUGCUAAGCCAUGCUAAUCAGGGUUACUGAACAAAGCAGAGUAGCAUCUGAAUACCACUAUUUGUUUGGCGCAAUUCCUUCAUCAGACCUUUUCUUUUCCAGACUUUCUCCAGGAAAUCCCAGCCUUGUUUGAUGCCUUCGUCUUUCUUUGGAAAGGCUGCAGCUCCUUCUUUUUCCUGCCACUAGAACAAAAGAUGACUUCUGCUCACAAUGUCGUGCUCUGGGAUGCCCCUUUCUUGUUUUUCUAGCAAAAACUGAAUGGAGGGCAAGACCGUCUACGCUGGCAGCACAAUGUAGACAUUUCUCUGGAGCAAGAACUUGGGAUCUUCAGUCCCCUGGUUUGGAGCAUUCUCCUGCCUUCUGGCAGAGCCAUCCCCUACGUGUGUGCAUUCUCUCUCUCUCACACACACACACACAAAUACACACACACGCUUUUCAAGUACUAGAAGAGGGGGAACUAGUUAAGUGGCAAGUAAGAUUUCUCUUCCUGAUGCAUUUUUGUGAGUGGGAAAAUUCAGACACUACACAGAAAUUCUGCCAAGGUUGACCCAAAGCUUUGGAUCAAGACAGUCUGGCCACCUAAACUGUGGCGUACAGCCUUAUGGAAGACCUUGGCAAAUCGACGCUAUGGCUGCAGGCCGAGUUGGCCUCUCCUUCUCCGUGCUUGCAUAUCCUUGAUUGCCGCAGCCGAGACCUAUACGAUUCAUCUCAUGUGGAACGGGCCCUGAGUGUGGCCCUCCCAGGACUACUUCUGCGCCGCCUUCGGAAGGGGAGCCUGGCGGUCCGGUCCUUGCUGCCUGGGCCCCCUCAGGGGCUCUGUGAGAACAUGGUUUUGCUGUACGAUGAGGGAACAAUCCAGCUCUCUCAGCCGGACAACCAGGAGGAAGAAGAAGAAUCGGUGCUGCUCACGCUCUUGCAAAAGCUCCGAGAGGAGGGCUGCCUGGCCUACUACCUGCAGGGAGGCUUCAAUAAAUUCCAGGCUGAAUGGCCCCAUCUCUGUGAAACCAACCUGGAUACAGCCAGUACCAGCAGUUCUCCUGUUCCUCUGGCGGCUCCCAUCGUGGGGCUGGGAGGCCUGAGCUUAAGUUCAGAUGGCUCUGAUGCCGAGUCAGAGCCCCUAAGCAGCGGCAUGGAGUCUGAAGGCACGAGUCCACCCUCCUUUCCUGUGCAGAUCCUUCCCAAUCUCUACCUGGGAUGUGCCCGUGACUCUGCCAACAUGGACACUCUGGCCAAACUGGGAAUCCACUACAUCCUCAAUGUGACUCCAAACCUCCCAAACCUCUUUGAGAAGAAUGGCGACUUCCACUACAAGCAAAUUCCUAUUUCGGAUCACUGGAGCCAGAACCUUUCUCAGUUCUUCCCUGAAGCUAUUGAUUUCAUUGAUGAGGCCCUCUCUCGGAACUGCGGCAUUCUGGUGCACUGCUUGGCAGGGAUCAGUCGCUCAGUCACUGUCACUGUAGCCUACCUCAUGCAGAAGCUCAACCUGUCUCUCAACGAUGCCUAUGAUCUUGUGAAGCGAAAGAAAUCCAACAUCUCACCUAACUUCAAUUUCAUGGGGCAGCUGCUGGAUUUUGAGAAGUCCCUGGGGCUUAGCCAGGGCAGUCGGCGGCCAGCCUCAGACCAGACCUGCUUCUUCACCUCACCUACCAAUGACAGUGUCUUUGAGCUGGAUCCUACGUAGGAGCCAGAAGGGUGCUACGUUUUUGUCAUUGUCCACCAACACCUCCUGUUCUUGGUUCUAUCUGCCUGCCCUGGUGGCAGAAUCUUCUGGGAUGAACUGAAUACCUCACACUAGAGAGGGAGGUGCCACUUUCAGGAACAACUGCUACUUCCAGCAAAGGUUCUCAUUGCCUUUUGGGUUUUCUGAAAUAUCAACAGCAAUGGUGUCCUUACUAAUCACACAGCGAGACUGACAUGGCCACACCAAUAACCAAAGACUCUUCUCCCUUUCUCCCAAAAGCUCUGUACAGACCAAGAAACCAACACUUUUCGGGGGGAGGGGGAGGCUAUUUCUGGAAUGUUGGGUCUGGGCAUAACAGCAUCUCAAACUUGAUCCAGAUCACCCUCUUUUAAAAUUUAAAUAUUUGAAAUGGAACAUGUCAGGGCUGGAACCUGCCGGUUAUUAAUGAUGUUGAUCACAUAUUGAAGGUUUUAUGGUUUUCUUGUGUUUCUCCUUCUCCAGCCAUUAUGCAGAAAUUAGGCAGAGACCUGCAGCUCUCCCAUAAGAAUCUUCUGUAGGCAGGACUUUUGGUGAGAUGAUAGCACAUUCACCAGCUGAUGUGUUAAGUUCCCACUCCCAAUACCUCCAAUGAACAAGACCAAAUGAUGACCUCUUAACUGAUGAAGGCUGCUCUAGAUUCAUUUCUUUCAGUUUGAGAAGUGAGAUGCAGGAACGUAAUUCUAACAUGGUUAUCCUGGAAUGACUAAAAAAUAACUUAUAGAAAUUUUUAAUGCAGAGUCCUAUAUUUUAGAAAUGAAACCACAGAAUUUCCCAGAUCUCUCUUGUUAAGACCAGGAUGAAUCAUAGAAUUGAGGAAUCAGUGUAGCAGCUUAUAUAAACAUAACCUCUAGAGCUAUCUUAACCUUGACUAGGUCCUGUGAUACAAGAACUGCAGAAAUGGGUUUGAGAAUCUGAAACUUUUUAAGUUUUUCGAUGUUAGGUGUUUAUGUCACCAGAACAGACCUCCAGAGCUGUAUUCCAGAAUUGGAGCAGGUUCAAACAUUUGUAUGAUAACCUUAACUCUCCCAUUAUUCCCAAAAUUAUAGAUGCUCUCAUCAUCCCCAAAGCACCUCGUUCAAUCCUCUAUGGUUCAUUCAGGAUUUAGGCAGAGGGAAAUAAAAAUAGUGGGGGAGAAGCUUUGGAACAGAAUCAUAGUGGGAAGACAUAAGUAUUAGAAGCAAAAAUAUUUGUGUUAUACAACCCGGUCUUUCGUUGUGGGAGAAAAUAGAGGAGCUCUGCAUUUUGUAUCUGUAUUUGUACAAAUAGUGAGUUUGUAUGUGUGCCUUAAUACUUGCAUGAAAGCAAAGAGACCUGUGAAUGUGUGUACUAGGCAUUGUUUGCUUAGUAGCUGCCUGAAAGGGUUAAUUUGCGCCCACGUUUUAUUCCCCAAAUUCCAGUCAGGACCUUUUCAGUAUUGGAGCUCAAUUCCAGGAUCCUUUGAGUUCAUAAUAAAAAGAUAAAUCUUCUGAGCAUUGUAGGGGGGGAAAUGUGUUACAGUGUUUCUUACCUAACAGUUUAUUAGGAAGAAAACUGCAGACUUGGUGAUUUCAAAAUUUUCAAUAAUUAUCUAAAAUCAUUAACCACUAUGUGUACAUGAUAUGGUCCUCAUAGGCAUGUGAAAAGAUGUCCGAGGUAUUUUAGUGAUCUGCAUUUAAGAUUUUUAUUUUAGCUCUGUUUAGUAGGUCCACAGGAGUCCAGAAGAACAUUUUGUCUGCAAAAUUAAUCUUCCCAAGAGGCUGUUUUCUCAAUGUAUUGCUUCCUUUUUCAGGAUUUUUCUGGCCUUUGAGGCAAUGAAGAUAUGUGCCUAGGGCCAAUGCUUGCUUGAAAUAAUUUGAAAUUGCUGUUAAGUGAGUUUUGGAAACGUGGGACUUCAAUGACCCUGCAAUGCCUUACAGGUUUUCGCUCUGAUGAAAAUAAAUUAGAAUAAAUUGAGAAUAAAUUAUGCAAAGCAAUCAAACUGGCCAACUAUUAUGCAAAAUGACUCUUAUGCAAAUUUGACCAACUAGCACAAUUCAAGGUGAUUGCAGUAUUCAGAUUUGCUCACAGUUUGGGUUGCCUGAGCAACCUUUAUGUAACUUUAUGUUACUGUCCAUGCAGGUUACACAUAGUUCUGGCUCCCUGCAUGCUCCAAAGAGUCUACUUGAGUCUCUGUCUUGGGUCUCUGUUUUCAAGUGAAUGUAAAUGACUGGAGAUGGAAGGGAACUGCCAUUACCAUGGACAACAAUAACAACAGUUAUUUUAAUAAAGCAGGACUUUAAAGAACACAAACAAGUGUGGAUUUAUUGGGAGACUUGAAGGUGAUACAGUCUCAAAGUAGACCAUUUUACUUUAGUUGCAGACAGUGAAGUAGAAUUAGAAACCUUAUUCUACUUGUGUGUAGGCACUGUGCGAGGAAAAAAACAGCCACUUUCUGCCAGCUCCCUAAAACUGAGGGAGCUUCCAGAGGAAGUUUUUCCUGGGCAAUCAACUCUGCCUUACAAAAUAAUUUUUAUGAGCUCGGAAGCUCAUCUGCUAUUUAUAGCCAAUUGCAGCUACUUUUUGUUUGCCCUUUUAACAACAACAAAAUAUCCACUAAUGGUAUAAAAACAGAACGGUUACAGGAAUUGGGUAUGCCUAGUGAAAAGAAGGGCUAAGAGUGACAUGAUAACAGUGUUUCAAUAUCUAAGGGGUUGCCACAAAGAAGGGGGGGGCAACUUAUUCUCCAAAGCACCUGAAGGCAGGACAAGAAGCAAUAAAUGGAAACUAAUCAAGGAGCAAAUCAACUUGGAACAAAGGGGAAAUUUCCUGACAGAACAAUUAACCAGUGCAACAGCCUUCCUUUCAGAAGUUGUGUGUGUUCCAUUACUGGAGGCUUUUAAGACGAGACCGAACAGCUGUCUUUCUGGAAUAGCAUAGGGUCCCCUGCUUGAGCAGAGGGUGGAGCUAGAAUACCUCCAAGGUCUCUUCCAACUUUUUUAUUCUGUUAACUUCACUUAAACUUUCUGAUUCACAGCAACAAAGAUCUUGUGAGAGAAAAUCAUUUAUUGUAGUUAAUUUUUAAAAGUGGAAGGCACCAGUCUCAUAAAAUUUGGGAAUCCUCUGAGAUUUGACGCUUAUGAGAAGUGGCACCCAGCAUCUGAGAAAGUUGCCAAAUGAUUUAUAACCACCAAAUCAUAAGAUUCAGUGGUAUACUCUUUGAAUGAAAUAAUAAAUGUAGGAACUGCCUAGCAUAUAGAACAGUGUAAUACAUAAUAAUUCUAUAUAAUAAUUAAAAUGGAGUAUACCAUUAAUAGGCUUAAAAAAGAAUUGACAGUAUUAGUAUAUUCCAAAAUAAUCUUUUCACCACAAAGUACAACAGCCAAGAAAAGUGUUUUCAUAAGAAGCAAUAAAAUUGUAAUGAUAAACUCAAAAAAAGAGAAACUCAAAAAUCUACAAAGUUUUGAUUAACCUUUCAAGUUUGCCAGCUUUUUUCAUCAGAAAAGAUGCUGCCAACAAUAACAACAAAGUGGGAAUGACGCAAGGGGAGGA